AUGGGUGUCUUCAUUUUCACAGAUGUAUACACAUCCACCAUUCCUCCCAAAAGAUUGUCCAAGGCCCUAAUUGUGGACUCCCAAAAUCUCAUUCCUAAGCUCAUGCCUCAGGCCAUCAACAAUAUUGACAUCAUCCAAGGUAGCCAACUUAGGAGCAUGAAGAAUCGAGUGGAUGAACUGAAUGAAGAGACAUUCACAUACAAUUAUACUAUGAUCGAUCUGACGGAGAAAUUCGAAUCUAUUGGAUAUGAAGUGAAGUUCGAGCCAACCCCGGAUGGCAAGAGCAAGAACAAGAUGACCAGCACCUGCUACACUAAGGGCAAUUUCAAGCUUGAAGAAGAGGAUAUCGGGCCGGAAAAGAGAACCUUGGGAAUGUAUGAGGUUGUGGAAGCAUACCUCCUUCAAAACCCCCAUUCUUGUGCUUGA